AUGACUUCGAUCAAAGAAGACGAAAAGAAAGAAAUACCUGAAAUAAUUCACGAUCCUCAAACAAAUUGCACAUAUCAAAGACUGCGAUUCUUUGGAAAGGGCGGGUUUGCAAAAUGUUACGAGAUCCAGGAUAUUGCCUCCAACCAGGUAUACGCUGGAAAAAUCGUAUCAAAAAAACUUAUGGUUAAGUCGAGUCAAAAGGAAAAAAUGGCUCAAGAAAUUUCUAUUCACCGAUCACUGCAGCACAAACAUGUGGUUGGAUUUCACAGCUUCUUUGAAGACUCCCUGAACAUUUAUAUUAUAUUGGAGCUAUGUAAGAAAAGGUCAAUGAUGGAACUACACAAGCGUAGAAAAGCAAUCACAGAACCAGAGACAAGGUUUUACAUGCAUCAGAUUUUACUCGGUGUACAGUAUCUCCACAGCAAACGGAUUAUACAUAGAGAUCUUAAGCUGGGGAACCUGUUCUUGGAUGAUGACCUACAUGUGAAAAUUGGUGACUUUGGGCUAGCAGCUAAAAUAGAAUUUGAAGGAGAGAGAAAGCAGACUUUAUGUGGCACACCAAACUACAUUGCGCCAGAGAUACUGACGAAAAAGGGGCACUCCUUUGAAGUGGACAUAUGGAGUUUGGGCUGCAUCAUGUACACACUGCUUGUGGGCAAGCCCCCGUUUGAAACAUCUACGCUGAAAGACACUUACAAGAGAAUUAAGCAGUGCGAAUAUAGUGAGGGGAUAUACCUAGCGCUACACACAUGUUGCACGGGCCCCUGGCAAACGUUCGGUACAAGGUUCGCUCAGGCGGUAAUCAACGACAAUACGCUGAGAGAGCGUUACAGGAUCCCAUCAACGCUCGGUAAGCCGGCUGCCUCGAUGAUCGUUCUGCAGCUGCAGUCAAAUCCGGCGCGGAGGCCGUCCGUCGACAAACUGCUGAAGCACGAGUUCUUCUCGUCUGGCAUACUGCCGGCCGCUUUGCCCGUCUCGUGCCUCACCACAGCGCCGAGAACCGACCAGCUGGAGGGCGUCACAGUCCACCGGCGGCCUCUCAACGAGGUCAACAGCAACGAUCAAAUGGCGAUGGCUGUGGACUCGCCGCUAAAGCGCAAGGUCAACGCCGCGAUGCCGCGUGCGGUUGAACCUUCUUCGCACAGAUUGAAUCUCAUAGCACUGCGCGACCAACUCGCUUCAUUACUGCACAGUAAACUCAAAUGCCGGCCAGAAUGUCUGACCGACGAGCUGAGCGAUCCGGCCGCGCAGCCUCUAGUAUGGGUCGGCAAGUGGGUUGACUACAGCGACAAGUACGGCUUCGGCUAUCAGCUUUGCGACGAGAGCGUCGGUGUCAUGUUCAACGACACCACCAAGCUGAUUAUGCUCGCAAAUGGACUGAAUGUCCACUACAUCAGUAGGCAGGGCCAAGAGCAGUACAUGACGAUGCGCGAAUACCCACCAGAGCUUGACAAAAAAAUGAAGCUGCUCACUUACUUUAGAAGAUACAUGACUGAGCACCUCAUGAAAGCUGGUGCUUCAGUACCAGUAAGAGAAAGCGAUGGGCUGUCGCGGUUGCCGCAUUUACAUCAAUGGUUCCGUACUACUUUAGCAGUCAUUAUGUACCUUACCAAUGGUACUCUACAGAUCAACUUCCAAGAUCACACAAAAAUUAUAUUGUGCCCGCUGAUGCAAGCUGUCACCUACAUUGACAUGGAAAAGAAUUUCCGGACUUUCCGCUUCAGUACAAUUGAAGAGCAUGGGUGCGACAAGAAGCUUUAUACUAAUCUUACUUACGCACUAGAGAAGCUUAACAGCGUUCUAGCUAACAAGCUUUGU